UGUUGACAUGGUCGGCGAGGAGAAAUAAGAAAUCAUUACCAAACCUCCCGGCGUGACCGGCGCUCGCCGGGGCAAUCAGCGGAGUUACCAGAGCCCACUUUUCCAACCCAAACCCUGAAAACAGUCAGAAAAACGCGUGACCAUCUGCUCCACCAUCAAAAUCUAAUGAACCCACCUCAGUUAGCUUCUGAUAACAAUAAAAAUGAAAGGAAAGAAGAAGAAAAGAGAAUUCAGAUUUGGACAGCUCCAAACGCGUUUGUUUGACUCCGCCGAGUUAGAGAGAGAGGCCGUUUUUUUCCGACCGUUAAAAUGACCGUCUGUGCCCCCAUCUGUGUUUCCCGGCAGUGUGUCUUCCACAUCUCUGCUUAUCCAUCCCGCGUUAGAAGCGGAGGAUUCGGUGCAGAAACGUCUCCGUGUCGGUCGGGUUUGGGUUUUCUGGGAUUAUGGAAGGAGUUUGUUGUUUUCAGGGAAAGAUGCGACCUUUGUCCGGUUCCCGGUAAACUUGCUUGAAAUUCUCUCCGUGCCUCUUCCAUUUUUGAUAUCUUCCUCUUUGUUUUGCUAAAUUUCUUUUUAUCUUCUCGGAAAGUUUCUCCUGUUUUGCAUCAAGUUCUUGCUAUUGCUCUGGGACUAUGGUUUGAAUGCUCUUUGGGUGGCUCAAAUCCGAUGCCGGAGAGGGAUUGCGGAGAAAUUUGACUGUUGCUUCCGAUGGGGAACGCAUGUGUCGGGCCCAGCAUCACAAAGAAUGGGUUUUUCCAAUCAGUUUCUGCCAUUCUCUGGCGUGCCCGACCGCCGGAGGCCGUCCUCGCACAUGCCAACGGCGAGCCCGUCUGUGACGAGUCCUCGGCGGCGCCGGCUAAAACAGCCGCUGUCGUCCAAAGCAAGCCUCCGGAUCCAGUUAAGAUCCAGGAAGAAGAAACAAAGCCUGCUGAACUUCCUCCUCAAGAAGAGGCAAAACCGGCAAAGGAGCCGCCGACACACAGGAAGCCGCACCAUGUCAAGAGAGCCUCGAGCGCCGGCCUUCUGACGGAUUCGGUAUUGAGGCGUAAAACGGCGAAUUUGAAGGAUAUUUAUCGCAUAAUAAGGAAGCUCGGGCAGGGGCAGUUCGGAACUACGUAUCUGUGUGUGGAGAAGGCAACUGGGAAGGAGUAUGCUUGCAAGUGUAUCUUGAAGAGGAAAUUAACGACAGAAGAUGAUGUGGAGGAUGUGAGGAGAGAAAUCCAGAUAAUGCAUCAUUUAUCAGGCCACCCGAAUGUUAUUUCCAUCAAGGGUGCUUAUGAAGAUGCUGUGGCUGUUCAUGUUGUCAUGGAGUUGUGUGCAGGGGGUGAGCUAUUUGAUAGGAUUAUCCAGAAGGGGCAUUACACAGAGAGAAAAGCAGCAGAGCUUGCACGAGUGAUUGUGGGUGUUGUGGAAGUUUGCCAUUCAUUGGGGGUCAUGCAUCGUGAUCUGAAGCCGGAGAAUUUUCUGUUUGUCAACCAGACAGAGGAGGCACCUCUGACGACCAUCGACUUUGGAUUGUCGAUUUUCUUUCAGCCAGGAGAAAUAUUCACUGAUGUCGUUGGUAGCCCUUAUUAUGUUGCACCUGAAGUCCUGAAAAUGCAAUAUGGUCCAGAGGCAGAUGUCUGGAGUGCUGGGGUAAUAAUUUACAUCCUUCUUAGUGGUGUCCCUCCAUUUUGGGCUGAAACUGAGCAAGAUAUAUUUGAAGAGGUUUUACAUGGCAAACUUGACUUUCAGUCACAUCCAUGGCCUAGCAUCUCAGCAAGUGCUAAAGAUCUUGUAAGGAGAAUGCUUGUUAGGGAUCCCAAAAAGCGGUUGACUGCACAUGAUGUUUUGUGCCAUCCUUGGGUUCAGGUUGAUGGUGUUGCUCUCGAUAAGCCUCUGGAUUCUGCAGUUCUGUCUCGCUUGAAGCAAUUCUCUGCAAUGAACAAGCUUAAGAAGAUGGCUCUCAGAGUUAUUGCUGAAAGCCUCUCAGAGGAUGAAAUUGCUGGCCUCAAGGAGAUGUUUAAGAUGAUAGACACAGACAAUAGCGGACAGAUCACUUUUGAAGAACUCAAGGCUGGAUUGAAAAGAGUGGGUGCUAACCUUAAAGAGUCAGAAAUUUAUGCACUUAUGCAGGCGGCGGAUGUUGAUAACAGUGGUACAAUUGAUUAUGGCGAGUUUAUUGCUGCCACUUUACAUAUGAACAAGAUUGAAAGGGAGGAUCACUUAUUUGCUGCCUUCUCAUAUUUUGACAAAGAUGGGAGUGGUUACAUAACUCAAGAUGAGCUGCAGCAGGCUUGCGAAGAGUUUGGUAUAGAAGAUGUCCGACUAGAAGAAAUGAUCAGAGAAGUGGAUCAAGACAAUGAUGGAUGCAUAGAUUAUAAUGAAUUUGUUGCAAUGAUGCAAAAAGGAAAUGCUGGCUUUGGCAAGAAAGGGUUGCAAAAUAGUUUCAGCAUUGGUUUUAGGGAGGCUCCAAGGCUUGGUUAACUAGAUAGUGAGAAGGUCUUCAUUCUUUUUCUUUAAUCAUUGUUUAUAGAUUUAACAUAGGUUUGAAAUCGCGCUCCAGCUGUAGAGAUCCAGGGUGCCCUCAGAAUUGGAAAAUAUGGCAGAGGUAGGUUCUGUAAGCUGAAUCUGAAAAAUGAAUAGUGGUGCAUGAUGUUUCUCUUGUUGUUUAGAUGGUCUUAUGGUCAGCUGUAGCUGUUUUCUGCUGCUCUUACCAGGCUACUUUAGCAUGAAGUAUUUCAUCAUUUUGUUAUUAUAUGUAUCUCUAUGAUUGUUGGUUACUGGUCAUAUUUGCUUAUAUUUUUUGGUCAGAUGAA